AUGAAAACUCAUAAUCAUACUAAACGUUACAAUAAUCUUGAUGCAAAACGGGUUUCUUAUGGCUGCGAUAAUGGUAACUGUGGUUUAGCCAAAAUUGCCAUGGAAGAUCGUGCUUUAGAAGAAGAGGAUUAUGAUAAUAAGGAUGGUCCUCAAUGCCCUGACGAUGCCUGUGAUAUAUAUAUCUUCAUACUACGGGGUUCAAAUAUUAUUGCUUUCAGGUAUCCUAACCGGAAGCAAAUAAUAUACUUUUUAUACUUUAUAAUUAAAACACAUUUAGUUCGUCUGUUUUGA